UGAUUGUUGAGCAUUAAAUAAUAACGAUUGGACAAGACGUAUAUACGACUGGAUAAGAAAAAUACGUGCAAUACUGUGACAAUAUUGCUUGUGUUAUUCUUCCAAUAUGGGUUUAGAAGAAAGUUACGACCAGUUAAUGGGAGAAUCAGAAAUUCUCCCAACUGCUAAAUGGCCAUUAAUACAUAAUCCUGUUCUGAUAGUACUCAUAACUAUUGGAUAUUUAUAUUUUAUUUUAUACGCUGGCCCUUGUUACAUGAAGGAUCGACCGCCUUUUAAAUUAAAAACUUUUAUGUUGUUUUAUGAUGUAAUUCAAAUUCUCGCGAAUGCGUGGAUAAUAAAGGAGUUUAUAGCUGCCGGUUGGUUCACAAUAUAUGGUAUACAAUGUACUUUACCAGAUUCUAACUCGCCCAGUGCUUUGCACAUGUUUAAUAUUAUGUGGUGGGUGUUAUUACUAAAAAUGUUCGAUUAUAUUGAAACAUGUGUAUUUGUAUUGAGAAAGAAACAAAAUCAAGUUACAUUUUUGCACGUGUAUCAUCAUAUAUCUGUUGUGUUUUUUGCAUGGUAUUAUUUGAAAUAUAUUCUAGACGAAAGAGCGACACUGAUACCUUUGGUUAAUUGUUCUAUACACGUAAUCAUGUACAUAUAUUAUUUUAUUGCUGGAUGGAGCCAAGAACUUCAACAAGUAGUAUCUCCUUUCAAACCUUAUAUAACUAGACUACAAAUGGUACAGUUUAUUGGAUUGAUAUUAUAUGUACUGCAAUCAGCACUUCCACAUUGUAUAGUGUCAGAAAAAAUAACGCACAUUAUACCUAUAUUUUCUGCGAAUUUAUUAGUAUAUCUAUGUUUGUUUUAUAAUUUUUAUAGAAACACUUAUAACAAGAAAAAACCUUAAAAAAAAAAAGAAAUUGAUAU